AUGAGUCGCACAUUGCUGCGCUCCGUCCUGGAGCUCAGGACACCCAUCACGCGACUCCCGCCGACCUUCCUCCUCCCGAUCCACGCCCGCCGCUUCAACUCCACGGCACCCAUCAUUGAGCCCGCCGCAGCCGCACAAGAUGCGCCUCCCGUCGGCGCGCAAGCCUCCUCAAUAGCACAACAGGCCGCCGCCGGCGCCGCCCAGACGUCGACGCCGUCCGCAACGACUCCGAUCUCCGAAUCCGUGCAGGCGGCGCUGCCCUUCCUAGCGGCCCAGCCCAACCACUACAUCACCUUCCACAUCCAUGGACGCCCGUACCUCGUCCAGCCCGGCGAUAGCGUCCGCCUGCCCUUCAAGAUGCCUGGCGUCGUGCCUGGCGACGUCCUCCGCCUCAACCGUGCCUCGGUCAUCGGUAGCAGAGAUUACACCCUCAAGGGCUCACCCUUCAUCGACGAGCGGGUAUACGAGUGCCGUGCCGUGGUGACGGGCACGGAGAGCGAGCCGAUGAGAAUGAAGGAGAAGACGAAGAGGAGGCAGCGGAAAGUGAAGACGGUCAAAAGCAAGCACCGCUACACAAUGCUGACGAUUAGCGAGCUUAAGAUCAAUGCGCCUGAGGAGAUUGAGGCUUAA